AUGGCGAAGGGUAAGAAAGAGCUGCUGGCGUCAGCCCCAUGGAGGGUGGAGGAAGAGGAAGAGAAAUUCAAAGACGCGAAGCUGAAAGUGACAAACCAGCCAGGUACAACCCCCAAAAUGCACGUCCCUGGAAAUAAGAAGUACAAAAACGACGACGUUGCGGAAGAUUCCCUCACUGAAAUCGACCCCGAACUCCGCUACAGCUUCCAGCGCAAUUUCCAAUUUAUUGGUCAUGUUUUUAGCAUCGACACCAUUGUCAAACCUCUUCCUCCUGCAAUGGCAUAUAAUGUCUCCCGCAACUUGAGCUUCUUCACACGAAUCUUUACACAGUUCUUUGACCCUGAAGGUAUAGCAAAUGCACAGAAAUCUCUUGGAUUAGGCCAAGAAGAAAAAGUUCGUAAAGUCCGCUGA